AUGAUCUUAUCCUCCCAUCGUUUCUUGACACUGGCAUGCUGUGGUCGUAAUUUACGUAAUAUAUUAGAACAAUAUCAAGAAUUGACAUCUGUUAUUUUAAAUUAUUUAAAUAGAUUAACCAUAUAUGAUAUGAAUCAUUGUUUUCUUUGUGAUCAGCAUUAUGAUAAUACAGAUGAAGAAACGAAAAACUUUGAAUAUUUAUUAAGUGUGGUAAGACCACGUGGACGAAGACAAGAUUUAGUUAAAAUGAUCAAUGAAGUUGGAAUAAAUAUUUGCAACAAAAAAUUUAUUAAUGCAUUUAAACUAAAAUUUAAAAGCAGUAUUGCUGAAAAACGUUUAUCGACAAUGAAACAUAUGGACGAGUGA